GGUCACGCCGGAAGACUGGGGAAGGUAGAGUUGGAGGAGUCACGUGACGGAUCCAAUAUGGCGGCGCCGUGUCCCUGCCGCUAUUGCCGCUGCUGAGGGAGUCGCGCCUCUUCCAGAUUAUGGGGCCCCAAAGCUGCCGGAGCCUUUGAGCCCCGUUCUCCUCCCCCGGCGGGGGCCUUCGGCCAUGCAGCCCCCGGCCCGGGAACACGACACUCGGACCAAGAGCAUGUUCGUCUCCCGGGCCCUGGAGAAGAUCCUAGCGGAGAAGGAGGCGAAGCGGUCCCCGUACGGCCAGCUGCGGAGAGCCUGCCAGGUGGCGCUGGAUGAAAUAAAAGCAGAUCUAGAAAAACAAAGGCAAGGCGCUGUCUCUCCACCAAAAGCAAACUUCAUAGAAGCAGAUAAGUAUUUCCUUCCAUUUGAGCUGGCCUGCCAAUCAAAGUCCCCACGCAUCGUCAGUACCUCACUAGACUGCUUGCAGAAACUCAUUGCAUAUGGACAUAUCACUGGCAAUGCUCCAGAUAGUGGAGCUCCUGGAAAGCGCCUGAUUGACCGGAUAGUUGAGACCGUUUGCAAUUGCUUUCAGGGUCCUCAAACAGAUGAGGGAGUGCAGUUACAAAUAAUUAAGGCUCUUCUUACUGCUGUGACAUCUCCAUAUAUAGAAAUUCAUGAAGGAACCGUCCUUCAGACUGUUAGAACCUGUUACAACAUCUAUCUAGCCAGUAAAAAUCUCAUUAAUCAGACUACUGCCAAGGCUACCCUCACUCAGAUGCUGAAUGUUAUUUUCACCCGGAUGGAGAAUCAAGCUGUACAAGAGGCCAGAGAAUUAGAAAAAACAAAUCAACAAAAACCCCAAUCUCCCAUGAUUCAGGAUGUUGCAGGAUCUCCGAAGAUUAAUCUACUGCGACACAGCCAACAGGAAGGGAAACCUUCAACCCCUGAAAAAACAGAUUUAACAAAUGGCGAGCCUGAGAGAACCGAAAAUGCAGACCAAAAGCCAGAAAGAGAUGUGACUCCUUCUGUCUCCGAGGAAACCACUGAUGGAGGCACGGAAAUGGUUACAGCCAUUCUGGAGGAUGUAGUCCUAUCAGCUGUUAAAGUGGCUGAAGAAAAGCAUGUUGCAACUGAAACAGCUACUCCCCCAUCUGAAUUAGAAGCACUGGAUCUUGCCCCUGCUGGUGGUAUUAAUGAAAAUGUACAAACGAAUGGAAUUCCAGAUGACAGACACUCUGUCUCCUCUACGGAUAAUCUGGAAACAGAUGUACCUGGAUCUCAGUCAGCUGCCAAAUUCUCCCAUAUCCUGCAGAAAGAUGCCUUCCUUGUGUUCCGGUCACUGUGCAAGCUUUCGAUGAAACCGCUUGGUGAUGGACCACCAGAUCCCAAAUCCCAUGAGUUGCGUUCUAAGAUAGUGUCCCUCCAGCUGCUUCUCUCCGUAUUGCAGAAUGCUGGUGGAGUAUUCAGGACACAUGAAAUGUUCAUCAAUGCAAUCAAGCAAUAUCUUUGUGUAGCAUUAUCUAAAAACGGGGUUUCUUCUGUUCCUGAUGUCUUUGAGCUAUCUCUUGCCAUCUUUCUCACACUGCUUUCAAACUUUAAGACCCAUUUAAAAAUGCAGAUUGAGGUGUUUUUCAAAGAGAUCUUCCUGAAUAUUUUGGAGACCUCCUCAAGUUCUUUUGAGCACAAAUGGAUGGUGAUUCAGACCUUGACUAGAAUUUGUGCAGAUGCUCAGUGCGUGGUGGAUAUUUAUGUUAACUACGAUUGUGAUUUAAAUGCUGCCAAUAUUUUUGAACGCCUUGUAAAUGACUUGUCUAAAAUUGCUCAGGGACGGAGUGGACAUGAGUUGGGAAUGACACCUCUGCAGGAACUCAGCCUGCGGAAAAAAGGUCUUGAAUGUUUGGUUUCUAUUUUAAAGUGCAUGGUCGAAUGGAGCAAAGACCUAUAUGUGAACCCUAACCAUCAGGCCAGUCUUGGUUCAGAUAGACCUUCAGAUCAGGAAAUGGGUGAAGGUAAAUGUUUGGAGACUGGAAGAAGACGGAGUAGUGUGAGUUCCUUGGAUUCGACGGUGUCCUCAGGAAUUGGAAGCAUUGGCAUCCAGACUGCUGUCCCUGAUGAUCCUGAGCAAUUUGAGGUCAUCAAGCAACAAAAGGAGAUAAUUGAACAUGGGAUAGAAUUAUUUAACAAAAAGUCAAAAAGAGGAAUACAGUAUCUUCAAGAACAGGGCAUGCUUGGCACUACAACAGAAGACAUUGCACAGUUUCUGCACCAAGAAGAACGUCUGUGUUUUACCCAAGUUGGAGAAUUUCUAGGGGAGAGCAGUAGAUUUAACAAGGAGGUGAUGUAUGCCUAUGUAGACCAGCUUGAUUUCUGUGGGAAAGACUUUGUCUCUGCUCUGCGUAUAUUUCUGGAAGGCUUUCGGUUACCAGGCGAAGCUCAGAAGAUUGAUAGAUUAAUGGAGAAGUUUGCGGCUAGAUACAUUGAAUGCAACCAAGGGCAAACCCUAUUUGCUAGUGCUGACACUGCCUAUGUUUUAGCAUAUUCUAUUAUAAUGCUGACUACAGACUUGCACAGUCCCCAGGUAAAGAAUAAAAUGACAAAAGAGCAAUAUAUUAAAAUGAAUCGAGGAAUCAAUGACAGUAAAGAUCUGCCAGAAGAGUAUCUGUCCACUAUCUAUGAAGAAAUAGAAGGGAAAAAAAUUGCAAUGAAAGAGACAAAAGAAUAUGCAAUUACAACUAAAUCUACUAAGCCAAAUGUAGCCAAUGAGAAGCAGCGGCGGUUAUUGUACAACCUGGAGAUGGAGCAAAUGGCUAAAACGGCUAAAGCCCUCAUGGAAGCAGUAAGCCAUGCAAAGGCUCCUUUUACUAGUGCCACUCACCUGGAUCACGUCAGACCCAUGUUCAAAGUGACUUGUUCUGGACUCCUGUUGGAGCUAUACAGCGUUGGCCUUCGACUGCGUGACGUGGAAGUUGCAUCUCUGUGUUUGAAGGAAAUUCGAUGUGCAAUCCGAAUAGCCUGCAUUUUUGGAAUGCAGCUUGAACGAGAUGCCUAUGUGCAGGCUCUUGCUCGCUUCUCACUCUUGACUGCCAGCUCUAGCAUCACAGAAAUGAAGCAGAAAAACAUAGACACCAUUAAGACACUUAUUACCGUGGCCCAUACAGAUGGCAACUAUCUUGGGAAUUCCUGGCAUGAGAUCUUGAAAUGCAUCAGCCAGCUGGAACUAGCACAGCUUAUAGGGACUGGGGUUAAAACUCGAUACUUAUCUGGCUCUGGGCGUGAAAGGGAAGGCAGCAUUAAAAGCUACACAUCUGGAGAAGAAUUCAUGGGCCUGGGACUAGGUAACCUAGUUGGUGGUGGAGUUGAUAAAAGGCAUAUAGCCAGCAUUCAGGAGUCUGUGGGCGAGACCAGUUCACAAAGCGUGGUGGUGGCAGUGGACAGAAUAUUUACAGGAUCAACCCGGUUGGAUGGAAAUGCAAUAGUUGAUUUUGUCCGUUGGCUGUGCGCCGUUUCCAUGGAUGAGCUGGCUUCCCCACACCAUCCUCGCAUGUUCAGCCUGCAGAAGAUAGUAGAGAUCUCAUAUUACAACAUGAAUCGAAUUCGACUGCAAUGGUCAAGGAUAUGGCACGUGAUUGGAGAUCAUUUCAAUAAGGUUGGAUGUAAUCCUAAUGAAGAUGUGGCCAUCUUUGCAGUUGAUUCGUUAAGGCAGCUAUCAAUGAAGUUUCUCGAGAAGGGAGAAUUAGCCAACUUCCGUUUCCAGAAAGACUUUUUGAGGCCCUUUGAGCACAUUAUGAAGAAAAACAGAUCUCCUACCAUUCGUGACAUGGUAAUACGCUGUAUUGCUCAGAUGGUGAACUCACAGGCUGGUAACAUUCGCUCAGGCUGGAAGAAUAUCUUUGCAGUAUUUCACCAAGCAGCUUCAGACCAUGAUGGGAAUAUUGUGGAGUUGGCUUUCCAAACAACAGGACAUAUAGUUACCAAUAUUUUUCAGCAGCAUUUUCCAGCAGCAAUAGAUUCAUUCCAGGAUGCCGUAAAGUGUUUAUCUGAAUUUGCCUGUAAUGCAGCAUUUCCGGACACCAGUAUGGAAGCAAUCCGACUUAUCCGUUAUUGUGCUAAAUAUGUUUCAGAAAGACCACAGGUAUUGCGAGAAUAUACAAGUGAUGACAUGAAUGUUGCUCCUGGAGACAGGGUCUGGGUCAGAGGAUGGUUCCCUAUCUUAUUUGAACUUUCCUGCAUUAUUAAUCGAUGCAAAUUAGAUGUUCGGACAAGAGGCCUAACGGUGAUGUUUGAAAUAAUGAAGAGCUACGGCCAUACCUUUGAAAAACACUGGUGGCAAGAUCUGUUUAGGAUUGUGUUUCGGAUAUUUGACAAUAUGAAGCUUCCUGAACAACAAACGGAGAAAUCUGAAUGGAUGACAACUACAUGUAACCAUGCACUUUAUGCAAUCUGUGAUGUAUUCACGCAGUUUUAUGAAGCUUUAAAUGAGAUCCUUCUUCCUGACAUAUUCGCACAGUUACACUGGUGUGUAAAACAAGAUAAUGAACAGCUGGCUCGAUCAGGUACAAACUGUCUAGAAAAUCUGGUGAUACUAAAUGGACAGAAAUUCAGCCCUGAAGUCUGGGACCAAACAUGUAAUUGUAUGCUAGAAAUCUUCAAAACAACCAUUCCUCAUGCCUUGCUGACAUGGAGGCCAGCAGGAAUGGAGGAUGAUUCCUCUGAAAAGCAUUUGGAUGUGGACCUAGAUCGCCAGUCUCUAAGCAGUAUUGAUAAAAAUGCUUCGGAAAGGGGACAGAGUCAGUUUUCAAAUCCCACAGAUGACAGCUGGAAAGGAGGUCCUUAUGCAAACCAGAAACUGUUUGCUGGCCUCCUUAUUAAAUGUGUGGUGCAGCUGGAAUUGAUACAGACCAUUGACAACAUAGUAUUCUACCCAGCAACUAGCAAGAAGGAGGAUGCUGAGCACAUGGCUGCAGCCCAGAGAGACACACUGGAUGCAGAUAUCCAUAUUGACACAGAAGAGCAAGGAAUGUAUAAGUAUAUAACUUCACAACAUCUUUUUAAGUUAUUGGAUUGUUUGCAAGAGUCUCAUUCAUUUUCAAAAGCCUUUAACUCAAAUUAUGAGCAGCGAACUGUCCUAUGGAGAGCUGGGUUCAAGGGUAAGUCAAAACCCAAUCUUUUAAAACAAGAGACCAGCAGCUUGGCUUGUUGCUUGAGAAUCCUCUUUCGAAUGUAUGUUGAUGAAAGUCGCAGAGAUUCCUGGGAUGCUAUACAACAGCGACUCCUAAAUGUGUGCAGUGAAGCACUGGCCUAUUUUAUAACAGUAAAUUCAGAAAGCCACAGAGAGGCCUGGACCAAUCUCCUAUUGUUGCUUUUAACAAAAACACUUAAAAUCAGUGAUGAAAAGUUUAAAGCACAUGCUUCAACUUAUUACCCGUACCUCUGUGAAAUCAUGCAGUUUGACCUGAUUCCUGAGCUCCGAGCUGUGUUACGGAAGUUCUUCUUGCGUAUAGGUGUAGUGUUCAAAAUCUGGAUACCACAGGAGCCGUUACGGACAACUGGGACCCGUUCGCCUUCAUGGUAGCCCCAAGUAAGACUGGCCAUUGCUACUUAUUCACAAAGCUUUAGUCAUGCUACAUUCAAGGAAUGGAUUCAAGAGAAGGGACAAAAGUCAUUUGUUACCUCUCUGUAGCCCAAGAGAGCAGCAGAUCAUCUGGAUCGAGAUGCCAUUUUUGGAAAAACAUUUUUGUUCUGCCCACCCUACAAAAAUAUAGCUAUCAGCAGUUCAGUGAUUUAUAUUUAAGUUGUUGCCUACAGAGUUAACACAGUGAAUGUAAAGUCUGCUUCAGUGCUAGUCAUUCUUACGAUUAAUUCUGUUUCUGCAGAUCAGUUACUUCAAUUAUUUGGUCUUGUACCUUCCAGCUUAUUCCCGUAAAUCUGCUGGAAAUGAUUCCUCAAUGGAAAUUAUUCCCCUUGGAAAUACUGAAUAUGGUUGUAUAGGCUUGUGAUGUUAGCACAUAUGUUAAUAAUAAAAUAUACUGCAAUGGCUAGUGGCCACCAAAAGAUCAUGCUGGAUUUUUUUCUGUGUGCACAUGACUAGAAGAGUUAGUGUGUAUUUUUAGUUUGUUGUACAGUGGCUGUAGAUACACCAGUUGGGGGAAAAGGCUUUCCUCCUGCAGGUUAUGUAGUUAGCCAUUUUAAAACACUUUAGUAGCAGUGUUUACCCUUCCAAGAUCAGCUUUCAUGGAAGGUUUAGUUAUGUCAGGGUACAUAGUAACACAUACUCUCAAAUGAACUCAGAAGAAUCUCAAGUUAUUAGGAAAUGGAAAGCUUUUUAAAUUUUUCAUUGCCUUUUAUAUUUUGCCUGAUUAUCUAGAUGAGAUGGUAAAAUGCAAGAAUAGGGUUAUUUAUUUGAUUUUCUUUGAAGUGUGCACUGAACAGAUUAAGUAAAAAUAAUAUUGGUUUGUCAACCUCUUCCAUUUUGAAUAAAUAUUUUGUAGCAAAGAUGUCUGUUUAGCAAGAAGUAAUCUCUUUAGUACAUAUCAGGACAUCUGUUUUUACUGCCAAUUUGUGAGUGUUGGUUAUUUUAAUGCCUCAACUUUCAAGUUCUGUCAGUAUGGCUUGGGGAAAUAAAAUCUAGUUCCCGCCAGGACCGCUU